AUGGCGCAGGACGCCCUGAACCGCAGCGUCGUGGUCCUCGUCCUCCUCGGCCAGCUUCAUCCGCAGCGUGGCGAUCUUCGACGCCGCGCGGCGGAGGCCCUCCACGCUCCGGUCGUCGCCCGGGGACGCGCCGGCGGCCAGCGCGCGGAGCCGCCUGAGCCCGCUGCUGCCCACGCUGGGAAGCUCCUCAAUGUUCUCCAGAUCCCAAUGAGUGAGAUCACUGAUCAAACCGUGGAGAAGCAAGCAGAAUUCCUUCCUGCACUAAAAGCGCUGGACAUCAGUUACUGCCUGAAUAUCACGUCCAGAGGAAUUGAGGCACUUGGCCGGCACUGCAGGUUGCUUGUUCAUCUGAAGCGAAACAUGCCCCCUCCAGAUCCUCCUCAGGGUAACAACACAUCUGCUAGGGCGGUUGAAGAAGAGGCAUUGGCAGUUGCAAACACCAUGCCGACGCUGGAACAGCUUGAGCUUGCGUAUGGCCUGUUCAGUGACCUUGCGCUAAAUACGAUUAUUAACAAGUGUCCGCUGUUGCGCGCCCUGAACAUACAUGGCUGCUGGAAUGUCAGGCUUGGAGGCGACUUAGAGGAGAGGUGUUGCGCGUUCCAGUCAUUCAGGGAGCCAUGGGAGCCUGUGUACUGCACUGACACAAGCAGUGGAGGUGACUAUGAUGAUGACAAUACUGACAGUGAUGAUUGAUGGGGUUCUGUUUAGAGGUUCAAGUGGUUGCAGCUUGUGAUUAUUUGAGGUCUGAGAUGAUGAUUAUGAGGUAGUUUGGGUAUUG